CCCUCUCGCGUCGCCCACCUUCUUGCCGCAUUCUAAUUGCUUCCACGCCCGAUCCCACUGUUUCUUAAGUUGGCUAUUCUUGCGCUCGUCGAAAGGCAUGAUUAAUGACCACGCCGCGUUACGUGGCACUUCCGGUCGACAAGGCAGCCGACGACGACGAAUUGUUAAAGCACGUCACCCACGAGUUUGGUGAUGGCUUCUCGGCGUCACAAUGUGACGUCUCUGGCUUCUCACCCGUCAUAAUCGAGCUUUUCAAAGCCCACCCGACCGAUCGUGUCAUCGUCUUUAGACCACAAGCUGGACUCGAAGGCUUCGGGUGCAUACGCAUACGUGUGCUGAAGAAAGACGAGGACGACAAGCACGGGGACAGGGACAAGCAGAACAAGCACAAGGUGACGAAAAAUGCCACCGUCUGGGAGAAAGUCAGAGGCAAGGGCGCCUAUAUAGGGAUGAUACCUGCUGGAUGUCGAUUUGAAGCUAUGUACGUUGAUGUGAACCUCGUCACGAAACGGGGGGACUAACCCCACGAUAAUUCCAAUCCAAAUGUUAUGUGCG